AUGGGCGGCGGACAGGAAAUCCCUCACAGGCACAAUGCCACAACUCACAAACUCAUCUCGGAACCACAAUGGAACACUGGUCUCUGGGGUCUGGUCGACAUGGGCAGCAACGGCAUCCGUCUGUCCAUCACGGACCAAAGCGCCCCCACCACCCGUGUUUUACCCACCGUCUACGCCUACCGCAACAAGAUCUCACUCUACGAAGCACAGUACGAUGACAAUGGAACCAAAGUUCCUAUUUCCGCUGCUGUGAUGGAUGAUGUGGUGUCCAUGCUUUUGCGCUUCCAGAUCUUCUGUGCGGAUUUCAGGGUUCCGCCGGAGCAGAUUGAGAUUGUUGCUACCGAAGCCACUAGAGCUGCAAUUAACUCAAAGGAAUUCUGCGAUAAGAUUAGGAAGGAGACUGGACUGAAAAUGACUUUGCUGUCGAAAGAGGACGAGGGCAGGAUUGGUGCAUAUGGUGUUGCGAGUUCGUUUUCUGCUGUGCGUGGCUUGGUUAUGGACAUGGGCGGUGGCAGUACGCAAAUCACUUGGAUGAUUGCUAAUAAGGGCGAGACGAAAAUCAGUCCUGUCAGUGCGGUGAGUUUUCCCUAUGGUGCUGCUGCGUUGACGCGCAGGCUUGAAGAGUUGAAGAAGGGUAAGAGUAAGCACGAGGCGCACAAGGCUCGUGAAGAGUUUCGUGCGCAAGUCACGGAGCAGUUCAAAGAGGCGUACGGUAAGAUACAAGUGCCGCAUGAGCUUGUCAAGGAUGCCACCGAGAAUGGAGGCUUCAGACUCUAUCUCACUGGAGGUGGUUUCCGCGGUUGGGGAUAUCUGUUGCUCCAUCACGAGCAAGUGGCUGGUGGUGGCUACCCAUUCUCCAUCAUCAACGGCUUCACAGCACAAAAGGACGAAUUCGAAGAUACGGAGAAGAUGAAGCAGAUCGCUGAGGAGGCCAAGGAGAUCUUCCGCGUUUCCGAUCGUCGUCGCGGGCAAGUGCCUGCUGUUUCCUUCUUGGUCAGCAUCCUUGCAAAAGCCAUCCCCCAUGGUAUCAGAGAAGCGCAUUUCUGUCAAGGCGGUGUCCGCGAGGGCGUGCUUUACAACCGUCUACACCCUGGAAUCCGCGCUCAGGAUCCCCUGGAAGUAGCCACCCGCGACAUGGCCAAGCCCAUUUCACCAAAGAUCGCCGUCCUAGUCACUCAAUCCCUGCCUCAAAAUGCUGGAAAGGGAUUUUCGAUGGUGCCGGGAAGCAUCGAUAUUCACAUGAUUCGCGCCUUCGCAAACAUGUUUUACUUCCACGCCAACAUGAACAAAGAAGUUUCUUCCACGUCUGCUCUAUACAGCACCGGCACUGGUAUCUUGUGCAGUACACAUGGGUCUUCGCAUGCGGAUAGAGCUUUACUGGCACUCAUGCUGGAAGCACGCUAUGAAGGCGAACUCGCACCUCGCGAAACCUCCUAUCGCGAUCAACUGAUUCGCCUCGUGUCGAAUGAAGAAGCAUGGUGGACGCAAUAUAUCGGUGUCAUUGGCUUGAUCCUCUCUCGCGCCUUCCCUGCUGGUGUUAUCCAGGAUGAUCUUUACGAUUUCAACACUCAGACAGUGCUCGCUAAGCCGGAGAUCAAGAUCCAAUCGGAGUAUGUGGAUACGUUGGGUAAGAGCGGGAAGAAGAGUGGAUUGAUGGUUACAUUUACGCUGGUUUGGAAGACGGAGAAUAGGAGUGAUCCGAUGGAGGUCAAGGAGACUUUGGAGAGGCAUAUCAAGGAUCUUGUCAAGGUUGGAAAGAAGAAGCAUGCGAUUAAUGGGUGGAGGAUCAAGGUUGGGGCCAAGGUGGUGGAUGAUUAUCCUAAUGACAUGUAA